AUGUAUCCUAUUAAUAAAAGAGAGAUUCCGGCUACUCCCAAAAUUUACGAUAUACUCGAAGCGCUCGCUGCCCGCCAUCUGUAUUUUCCUAAAGUGCUCGCUGCUCGCCAUCUGUAUUUUUUAAAGUGCUCGCUACUCGCGAGAAAAAUUUGACAACUGCUCGUGCUCGCAAAAAUAAACACACUGCUCGCAUGCUCGAAAAUACUCGCAAAGACCAUUCAAUACCCCUUCUUUCGUUUUUCAUCUGA